CAGAACUCAAACACGUGUUUGCAAGGAGCCCCUAAACGUAACGGCAUCAAUGGACAUAAUAGGUUACCAGGCCGCGACGGCCAAGAUGGGGCGAAAGGUGAAAAGGGCGUGACAGGCCCCCCUGGAUCACGUGGUGGGAAGGGAGAAAGAGGACCAAGUGGAACAGACACUGAUCACUGGAACUGGAAACAGUGCGCGUGGAAGAGUAGCGAUAGCCGUGAUAUUGGACUGAUCAAGGUUUGUUGAUUUCACAGAGAUCAAUGCUUUUGAAAGCCCUCUGGGCGAAAAGAACGUUUAACACUAAGUGAACUUGGUUUUUUUCCGUUACUGUGUCAUGUGGUUCUUUUAGACAAAUCCUUAGUUUGCGUGUCUACCAAGGAUAGCACAUACAUCUAUUUCUAAGUCUGUUCUCUUUUGAACAGACAUAGAAAUAAUCGUUGUUUCUAUUGCUGCAGGAUUGUCAGUUCACUAAAACCAAUGAUGACACUGCUCUCCAUGUUGUUUACCAAGGAAAAGUAAACGUGGGAGGUUGUAACGACUGCUGCAAGCGAUGGUUCAUCACUUUCAAUGGAGCCGAGUGCACUGGUCCCCUGCCUAUUGACGUAGUGCUGUGGAUCCGAAAUAAGGACGAAGCCAACCACAGACCAGGGUUCAUUGAGGGCUACUGUAACAACAUACACAAGAGCAAAAUCCGAGUUGCAAUCAACAUUGGAAAUUGUGCAGGAUAUGGAAAUUCUGAUGGUAACACAGGCUGGAAUUCAGUGUCCCGUUUGAUCAUUGAAGAAGUUCCUCGGUCCCAGUAA